AUGUUCAUUAAAAUUGCUUGUAUCAUAGCCGUUGUGAUUGUUUGUGAGGUGACAGCACAAAAUCACCACCAUAAGCCAGCUAUUUCAUCACAGAGCAUUGAGAGACACGACAUUCCUGCUCCCCCUCCUAAAGAUUUCCUUGAACACCAGGGCCCAGCUAAGUACGAGUUCGAGUACAAAGUACACGACCCUCACACCGGAGACGACAAGUUCCAACACGAGACACGUGAUGGUCAUAACGUAAAGGGAGUGUACAGUCUACAUGAAGCUGAUGGAUCCAUCAGAACAGUACACUACACGGCCGAUAAGAAACAGGGUUUCCAAGCCGAUAUUAAACACACUACGAAGCACGUGGAAGAUCACAAACAUCACUAG